AUGGAUCAACACAAGACCAACGACAAUCUCCGUUACGUAGGUGGCCUCACACGUGUUCUCGCCGCCGAUGCCUCUAUUUCCUUUGCAGAUGCCAACGACGAUGAUUUUUCCAUUGCCAAAGGGGCUGCCGCUUUGGAUGAUCUAACUGAUGAUGAUAUUCGAAUGGCUAUUCAAAUGCUUAUGGUCCCAUUUGAAUUUUUAGUUAGGAGACAAAUUGCUCGUCUAUUAGACCCAAGCCUUCAGUGUCUUCGAUUUGUUUAUGAUGAACUAAUGAAGAUAAGCCACGCUUGUGAGGUAACUGAGUUACAAAGGUUUCCAGUAUUGAGAAAGCAUCUGGAUGAAGUCAUGGUAAAAUUUUUCCGCCAUGGUGUAGAACCUGCUAAGAGAAUGAUAUGA